GUUACCCGGAGCUGCUGCUGUGCGGAGAACAACGGAAGAAGUCUGUUCAGACAGAAGACCCAUUUAAUGAUGAGCAACAAGAGAGGAAAGAAGUGGAAAUGUUGGCUAAGAAGUUUGAAAUGAAAUAUGGUGGAAAACCCCGUAAACACCGGAAGGAUCGGCUACAAGAUUUAAUUGAUAUAGGCUUUGGCUAUGAUGAGACAGAUCCAUUUAUUGAUAACUCAGAAGCUUAUGAUGAAUUAGUUCCUGCUUCUCUAACAACAAAAUAUGGAGGCUUUUAUAUCAAUACUGGCACUCUGCAGUUUCGCCAAGCUUCAGAUACUGAAGAAGAAGAUACUACAGACAACCAAAAGCACAAGCCACCCAAGGUUCCCAAAAUAAAAGAGGAUGAUAUUGAGACAAAGAAGCGGAAGCGGAAAGAGGAAGGGGAAAAGGAGAAGAAGCCAAGGAAAAAAGUACCCAAACAAAUGGGAGUUGUGGCUCUAAAUUCACACAAGGCUGAAAAAAAGAAGAAACGUUAUAAAGAUUCACUUUCUUUAGCUGCCAUGAUACGAAAAUUUCAAAAAGAGAAGGAUGAAUUAAAGGAGUCUAAUCCGAAAGUCCCAGUGACCUUAUCAACCUCCUCUCUGACCAAGUCCCCGUGUGCUGCCACAGCAUUGGGAAAUGAUGUCCCGGACUUAAAUCUGAGCAGCACUGAUCCAGACCUCCCCAUUUUUGUUAGCACAAAUGAACACGAACUGUUUCAGGAAGCCGAAAAUGCCCUAGAGAUACUAGAUGACUUCGACUUUGACAGAUUCCUGGAUGCUGCUUCUGAUGAGAGUCCUCUCUCUGAGUCGGGGGGAGAAAAUGGAACCACCAUCCAGCCAACCUUUGCCUCUCAGGUUAUGCCUAAGGUGAUACCUACACUCCCAGAGGGUCUGCCUGUACUUCUUGAAAAACGCAUUGAGGACCUCCGUGUAGUAAGUGCUGCCAAACUUUUUGAUGAAGAAGGAAGAAAAAAAUUCUUUACACAGGAUAUGAAUAAUAUUCUUCUGGACAUUGAGUUACAGCUACAAGAGUUAGGCCCUGUCAUUCGUAGUGGUGUCUACUCUCAUCUUGAAGCGUUUGUGCCAUGCAAUAAAGAAACACUGGUAAAACGUCUGAAAAAGUUACAUCUCAAUGUCCAGGAUGAUCGCUUAAGAGAACCUCUGCAAAAACUGAAACUGGCUGUUAGCAAUGUCAUGCCUGAACAGCUAUUUAAAUACCAAGAGGACUGCCAGGCUCGUAGUCAAGCUAAGUGUGCCAAGUUACAAACAGAUGAAGAACGAGAAAGGAAUGGAUCUGAGGAAGAUGAUGAUGAGAAACCAGGGAAACGUGUUAUUGGACCAAGAAAGAAAUUCCACUGGGAUGACACCAUUAGAACUUUGUUGUGUAACCUGGUUAAGAUCAAGUUGGGAUGCUAUGAAUUAGAGCCAAAUAAAAGCCAGUCUGCUGAGGAUUAUCUUAAAUCCUUCAUGGAGACAGAGGUGAAGCCAUUGUGGCCUAAGGGCUGGAUGCAGGCGAGAAUGCUUUUUAAAGAAAGCCGGAGUGUACAUAAUCAUCUUACUUCUGCUCCGGCAAAGAAAAAAGUGAUUCCUGCAUCCAAACCCAAAGUAAAGGAGUGUAGUCCAAAAAAGGACUCCAGAGCACCUUCAUCCUCGGUGGCUUCCGCCAGUGGCCCUUCGUCCAGCUCCAGUGCUUCUGUUGUUGCUUCAACCAGCUCCAGCUCAACACCAGCUCAAGAAACCAUCUGCCUCGAUGACUCCCCAGAUGAAGACCUUUCUUUCCACUCGCCUUCACUGGAACUUGUUUCUGAAGCUUUGGCUGUCAUCAACAAUGGGAACAAGGGCACGGCAGUUGGUUCAAGGAUAAGCAUGCCAGGUACAAAACCUCGUCCAGGACUAAGAGAAGAAAAAUUAGCAACUAUCAUGAGUAAGCUGCCACUGGCAACUCCCAAAAAACUAGAUUCUACUCAGACCGCACAUUCAUCAAGUCUUAUUGCUGGUCACACAGGACCAGUACCAAAGAAACCCCAGGAUUUAGCUCAUACUGGCAUCUCUUCUGGCCUUAUUGCUGGUUCUUCAAUUCAGAACCCUAAAGUCUCCUUAGAACCAUUGCCAGCCAGGCUACUUCAACAAGGACUACAAAGGUCAAGCCAGAUUCAUGCUUCUUCCUCUUCGCAGACUCAUACAUCCUCUUCUUCCCAAGCCCAAGUUGCUGCCUCCUCUCACACUCUGGGAACAUCAGAGGCCCAAGAUGCUUCUUCAUUAACACAAGUCACAAAGGCCCACCAGCACUCAGCUGUCCAGCAGAACUAUGUUUCUCCAUUACAGGCAACCAUUAGUAAGUCACAUACCAACCCAGUGGUGAAAUUAAGUAAUAAUCCCCAACUUUCCUGUUCAUCCCCACUACUGAAGACUUCAGAUAAGCCACUUAUGUACCGGCUCCCCUUAUCGACCCCCUCCCCUGGAAAUGGUUCUCAGGGGUCUCUGGUUCCCCUGGUUUCUAGGACAGCACCAAGCACCACUACCUCUAGUAACUAUUUAGCCAAGGCUAUGGUGUCACAAAUCUCCACGCAGGGUUUCAAAUCCCCCUUCUCAAUGACUGCAUCCCCAAAACUUGCCGCAUCUCCCAAACCUGCCACAUCUCCCAAACCCUUGCCCUCACCUAAGCCUUCUGCUUCACCCAAGCCCUCUCUGUCAGCCAAGCCUUCAGUGUCAUCUAAACUAAUUUCUAAAUCCAACCCAGCUCCCAAGCCUACAAUAUGCCCAAGUUCUUCCAAUCCAAAUACACUAGUAGCCCAGAGUAGCCACUCUACCAGUAACAACCCAGUCCAUAAACAGCCCACUGGAUUGAACAUCAGCAGACAGUCUCCCACCUUGAAUUUAAUGCCCUCUAAUCGCACUUCAAGCUUUCCAUCUACAAAAAAUCUUCAGGCCCCUUCUAAGCUAACAAACUCGUUAUCUACUGGAACUAUUGGGAAGAACAGCUUGAGUGGAAUUGCAAUGAAUGUACCUGCCAGCAGAGGUAGCAACCUUAACUCAAGCGGAGCUACUAGGACUAGUCUAUCUGGUGGAACAGGAAGUGGAAUACAGGGUGCUACUAAAUCGUUAUCUACUCCACAUAGACUGUCCUCUGCCUCAGGGUCUUCAGUGGUAACAGCCAGUGUGCAGUCCACAGCAGGAGCAUCAUUAUUGGCUAAUGCCUCACCUCUGACUCUCAUGACAUCACCUUUGUCUGUAACAAAUCAAAAUGUGACUCCUUUUGGGAUGCUGGGUGGCCUUGUUCCAGUGACCAUGCCCUUCCAGUUUCCCUUGGAGCUCCUUGGCUUUGGAACGGACACCGCUGGAGUGACAACCACCUCGGGAUCUACCUCAGCCGCUUUCCACCACAGCCUAACUCAGAAUUUACUAAAGGGUUUACAACCAGGAGCUCAGCAUGCAGCAACACUUUCCCACGCACCUCUGCCCACGCAUUUACAACAGGCAUUUAAUGAUGGAGGCCAAAGUAAAGCGGACACUAAGUUACCACGGAAAACUCAGUGACUUCCCAGCAAGCAGAGGGAAGUGUUCAACUGACUGAUGGGAUCUACCUGAUGGGAAAGUCCUUAUGUGGUCACAGGGCUGCUGUUUCUGUCGAUGUUUACAUUCUCGUCCCAAGCACUGUGGUGAGGAGGAAAAGGAAGGAAAACUACUUGAGCAAGCCAGGUGCAGGAGGAAGAAAUGCUUUUGUGCAAAGGAGCGGGAAUAUGGACAGACGGCUGCUGCUGACCCUGCGCUGAGGGCACUGUGCUUCGCUGUGGGCCUGGGGUGGCGGCUGCGGGCGGGGCAGAGUCCGCGCUCCCGAGCGUCCGCUCUCCCGGGCGCCGCCAGCUGCCUGUGCACUCUCAGUUGCACGUGCCCUUUCACGGUAUCCACGAGGCAUUCCAGACUUUGUGGAUCUCUAGUUUUUACAACACUCCUAUUCCUCUUUUCUAAGAAAAAAAGAAGGGCAGGUAAAUUUUUUAACAACAAAAAAACGCACACAUUUCAUAAAACGCUGAUAAAUUUUGGAUAUGUAAGAGCAUAAACAUUCCUAAAAAUGGAUCUGUAAGUUUAGUAAAGCAACCCAUGGGUAUAUUCCUUCAGUGCAGGGAUUCUUCUUUCAUUUUACUUUGCAACAGCCUUGCUCAUAUUCCAGCUGUAGCUAGUAAACCCGUUUUAAAGCAAGAGCCUUAUUUGAUUCAGUGUAGAUGUUUCCUGUCCUUUGUGACAGGGCCUUUUACAUGAGUGCUUUUUUCUUUUUGUAUGUGUUAUGUGUUUGUUGUAUUGAAUAAAGAGAAAUGUACAUAUUA